CGCGCCGCUUUCUCUACAUUUCACCCUCAUUCACCUUUUUUCCACCUUGUAAAUAAUGGACAAACCUACACCUCGCAUCAACUCACAACUUCGUGAAAACUACGUCGGACAAACCGUCCGAGUAGUUGGCAAAGUAUUAUCAUUCUCUGGCGACACCGCCGUCUUGGAAGCAACUGACGGUGGUCAAAUUCUCGUCAAAGUCAACGGCCAAAGCCAAUGGGGAUCGGAUUAUAUGGAAGUCAUUGGACGAGUAGAAUCUGACUUUAGCUUGAUGGAAUUCAAAUCGGCCAACAUGGGAAAUUCACUUGAUAUGAAGUUGGCGGAUAAAGUAGUGCAAUACGGACAAAAGUGCCCUGAACUGUUUGAUUUAAAGGCGUAGUUUGUGGAUUUAUGCCGGGAGACAACUGAAUUUGAUCGGAAGGGAGAUUGCCAAAAACAGUAAAUAAGAGGGUUGGAUCAACCAAAUAAACUCAAGUUCCAUUUCAUCGUUCUUUUCACUUGCCCCCCCAACGAACGCACUAUUUCCUGUCCUUUCUUUUCCCUGUCUUUCUAACUUUUUUUUUUU